UUAGACUAUGACAAGGCUGUUCGUGCAGCUUAUAGUUACACGAGCCUAGUUACAUGCAUUGUGGCAAAUAUAAAACCAAGAAUAUGUGCAAUUAGAGAAUAUAACUUGGAUUUUAUACUUAAAUGGUGUGUGUUUUUGUGAUAUGCAUGUUUAUUUAUCAACUUUUUAUAUCGUGUUAAUUGAUGACUUUGUGCAGAUAAUCAUCGAUAGUUUUAGUCCAACAAAAAAAACUGAAUCGUAUUUAAGGAAGUGGAACUUAUUCGUUCGUGCUAAUCACAUGCAUGUCGGAAUUCCUCUUAACAUGGAUACACAUCAAGGCUCAAUACUUUUUAUAAUAUCUAAACAUAUGUGACAAAUGUAUACUCGAUUGUAACAAACGCUAAGUGCAAUUCUUACUGACGGGUUGAAUAAUAACUACUAGAGAUGGCUAAAUCGCAAUAAGACAGUGGAAGAACAACAUUCACCAUGGCUAUAACGACCUCGCAGCAUAAUAUUACCGACGCACCUCAUGUUUCUACGAAUAAUUUUACAAGCGUCGCCGAAACAUCAGCUCUCGAAGAAUCUACAACAACGUCAAUGAAUUCAGUUAUGACGUCAACGCAGGAACCUAAACAAGACAAUUAUAUGUACUAUGUGCUUGCGGGUGUCGCCGGUUUCGUGGUUCUAUUACUCAUCGUCGUCAUGAUUGCGUUCGUCGUCAUAUCGCAGCGACGUCGCCGGCGAAACGUAGCCAUUAUGAAUUCGAAAAGCAGUCAACGGGUAGCUUUGCUUCCUUCAGACGACAGCAGGCUAAACGGGGUACACAACUCUUUGUAUGGACCGGACGCUAGUUCGGAUGACGACACCAUUUUGCCAUUCCAGCUUCCUCCAAGUUUAUCGUCAAGACAACCAGACACUGAGCGCUCUCCUAGCAACCAAACAAGUAACGUGGUUGUCCCGCCCGCAUCUAUUCUAAAGAAAUCAGAAAAACAAGAAAGAUCCACACUUGAAAUAGUCCUUGAAGAACAAAAUACAUAUGCAAAUGAUUCUGGUCCUGGUUAUAGCGCAGCGCAUGCGCUUGGGGAUAAAGUGCAAGAAGGUGUGUCAUCAUUUAUGAUCGGUAAAAAAGAUGAAAACGUUAAGCAGCCUUUACCAGUUCCCUCUGCAAAUGUGCACUCUCGCAGAUCUAAGAAAAAUUUAAGCAGCACGAGUUUUAAUACUGAAAACGACCUUGAUAAGUUGAAACUUCCACCGAAACCGACUAAUCUGAAGUCCAGCAAAAGUUUUUCAGCAGUGCACCAAAACACACAAGAUCAUGACUUUGAAAACCUUAAUGAUAAAGACUACGUAAACUGUGAAAAUUUAAAGGUUAAUCUGCCUUUAUCAAAAAGUGUCACAAAACUGGCUGGUUGCAAAGACACACAGACAAUAUCGCGUGUAAGCAUAGACGAUACCGAAAGCGCUUCCAAAACUGUUCACCAAAAUCGAUCUUCAGUUAAGAAAUCUUCAUCAAUGCGUAAACCUGGUCAGAGUGCGAGGUCAAACUGCGAACAACACCAUUCGACAUCAUAUCAAGGCGCAAAACCUAAAUCAAACGAUUCCUCAUUUCUAAUACCUAACUUCAGAAAUCCAAUGACCCCAAAAGAUUUAAUAAACGACAGACCUCACACAGAACAUACAUAUUCCAAUCUCAAAAAUCAUGACAAAUUUGAAAAGCCUUUGAAAUCGAUGUACGUGAACGAGCCUUUUGCGUCUGGACAUAAAGUACCAAACACCCUUGCAUCUGAUAAUACAAAAAUAUUCAAUUUGCCAAAAACAAAAGAGCGUGUAUCUGAAUCCCAAACAAGAGGAAACGAGCGAAACUCGGGUGAUUAUGAGAAUCCAGAUGGCGCUAUGCAAAGUAACAAACUUUCAGAUGAAAAUUAUGAAAUUCCAGAUUCUUUUGAAACUUUGAUCCAAAAGUUUGAGACCCGUGGAAAAGAAACAAACCCGAAAACUAAAAAACUCUUGCACAAACAUGGAAAAUCAAAGACUUUAGCGAGAAAUGAAAAGCUAAGGAUAGAUGGUGAUUAUUUGAAGAUGACCGGAAAAGGGCAGCUACCUGCAGAAGACGAUGAUGACGCUUACCUUACUCCGGAUUCGAUGUCGCAAAACGCCACACAAGAUGAUAUGUAUGUGAGAAUGGGAAAUAACGAGGUAGACGACGAAUACGUGCAUAUGGAUGGAAGCAAAGAAAAACUGGAGCGUGAAAAUGCCAAGAAACUGGAUUACCUUAGAAUGUCCAAUGACCUUGUUACGAACAUGCCCGAAGAACAGGAUUUGGCAACAUGUGCUAGACAACGCGGGGCAUCAUUACCUUUCGAUGAUAUGAGUAAAGUUCAUGAUUUUCCAAUGGCAUCUCCGCCCCCUUGUGGAUUCGGUCUGACAUCUGGGUAUCUAAAUUACGACAUCAAGCCCAGGUAUGUGAAUUGUGAAUUCGAAAGCAAAGAUUGACACAAUGAACAAAGACUUGCCGCGCAAUUUUAAUAGGGAAAAGUCUUCCCCUGACGACCAUGAGGGUAUGUCGAUUAUUUUGCGAAUGGGAGUGGCUCAUAUAAAAAUUACACGUGUAUUUAUUGACCUGUGUAAAUUGACAUUGACGUGUAUCAUUAUUGUUUCUACCUCUUUAUGUAACAAGCGAGUUCAAGGAUUCGCAAACUGUUGCGCGUGGCGUGGCUUUAAAGGAAGAUAAAUUAUCUUAUGCUUGGUAAAUAUAAGUGCCAAAGGUUUGUCCAUGAAAAAGCCAGUUUAAUUGUAUGCUAUUUUUACGCCACGCUUAAUUUGGGCGUGGCAGGGACCAUGUUAUCUCGUUGUAUCAGUACCACUUUGAAUAAUAGCAUAUGUUUGUUAAACUGGUAUAUUCGUGUGAAUGUCGAUAGUUAUGUUACUGAGGUAUAGAUGUGUGAAAAUGGAUACUCAUGUGACUCUUGUAAAGCCAUGUGACUCUGGCAGAGUCGUGCAACUAUAGAUUGUCAUGUGACUAUGGCAGAGUCGUGCAACUAUGGAUUGUCAUGUGACUCUGGCAGAGUCGUGCAAAUAAGGAUUGUCAUGUGACUAUGGCAGAGACGUGCAACUAUGGAUUGUCAUGUGACUAUGGCAGAGUCGUGCAACUAUGGAUUGUCAUGUGACUAUGGCAGAGUCGUGCAACUAUGGAUUGUCAUGUGACUCUGGCAGAGUCGUGCAACUAUGGAUUGUCAUGUGACUAUGGCAGAGUCGUGCAACUAUGGAUUGUCAUGUGACUAUGGUAUAGUCGUGCGACUAUGGUUUGUCAUAUGGCUCUUGUAUAUGCACAUGACUCUGGUAUAGAAAUGUGCUUCUGGUAUAGUAACUGGGCUCUGUUAAAGCCUCCUUACAAUACCGGUGGAGCUAUGUACGUUUCUUCUCUUGUAUGUAUAUGAAUAUAGUGCAUUUUCCGCUGUUUAACUUUUUACAUAGCUCGCAUAUAUUAUCAUAACAAUAGCAUAUUAAGUACGAAAAGAACGUCUCUGUUUGAUGCUUUGUUGGCAUUCAUAGUAUUUACAUGUGUGUUAACGUGUAAUAUGUUGAAAGUUCCCGUGAAAAAAUACUACCGGUAGUAGUCCAAAUGUAUAUGUCUAUAAAAAAAAGUUGUUUUGUUUCCUUAGUAUAGAUUUUGUCUUUGGUGACAUUUGAUAGUACAGUCGACGUAUUAUUUGUCCUUCAAUCAUUGACUGAAAGUUAUAUAAAAAAUAAACGUAGAAUAUUU